AUGAGCGGUAGUAAUAACGAUAAUGAUGUGGAUUUCGAUAAAUUACCCUUAGAUGAGAGAUUAUCCCACAAGAGCUGGAAGGGUAGAUUAAAUGGGUAUCAGGAACUGAGUAAAUCUUUUAGUCUAGAUGAAUCAAUGGCUAAAGAGAAGGAGAUCAAACGAUUUUGGAAUGAUCCAACAAUUUUCAAUAAAUUCAUUACAGAUUCUAAUGUUGUGGCCCAGGAACAAGCUGUGGUGGCAUUAGAGUCACUGAUUGAACUGUUCAAACCCCUAACGGUGCAUGUUGACAACAAGUCUUCAAAUCAUUUGAAUAAUUGGAUUCCUCUAUUGAUUGAAAAGGGCCUUGGUUCCUCAAGACCAACCACAAAGACUAAGAGUUUAAACUGUAUUUUACUUCUUUGCUCUUUGGAUAAUACGAUUGAUAAUACCAUCGAUCUAAUUUUGCCAUUCUUGGAGAAGAAGAUACCAAAAUUACUUUCAUCAGUAUUAAAUUGUCUAUCAACAAUAAUUAAAUCGUUUGAUAUUUCAAAUUGUUUAAAUAAUAAUUUCUUACAAAAGAUUUUACUUCCAUUACCAAGAUUAGCAGGUCAUGCUGAUAAAAAUGUUAGAUCAGAGACAAUGAAUUUAAUCUUACAAAUUUUUAUAAAGACCGGUAAAGACAAAAAUAUGUUGAGCGAUUUACUAUUAGUAGAUUUAAAACCUAUUCAACAACGUGAUUUGGAUAAAUUAUUCAAUAAAGAGAUUGAAAAUCCUACUUCUGUCGAGAAUAACUCAAUUCCAUUUGAAUCUAAGAGAAGACAAGCCAUAGCUUUACAAAUGGAAAAUGAACUAAACCAAUUACCUGUGGAUAAAGAUGGCGACACUUUAAUGGACAUGAAUAAUGAACCUGAACCACGACCAAGUAUUGAUCCAUUCACUUUACUGCCUGAAGAGACGAUUUUGAAUCAAUUACCAGAAGAUUUUGAAAAUAGAAUUAAAUCAGUCAAAUGGAAAGAUAGAGUCGAUGCUUUAGAAGAAUUUUAUAAUAAUUGUUUGGCUAAAGUUAAGAGAAUAUCAACUAAAGAUAAUUAUAAUCAUUUACUGAGAUUAUAUUCCAAUAUUAUUGAAAAAGAUGCAAAUUUACAGGCUGUAUUAAUAUCUUCACAAUCAAUUGAAAUAAUUUUGGAGAAAUUAGGUCCACAAAAUGUUCCUAAGGACUAUAUUUUAACAAUUUUCAAAGCAUUAUUAUUUAGAAUCAAAGAGAAAAAACCAAAUGUAAUAGAAUCUUUAAGACAAACUUUAUUAUUAUGCUGUAAAAUUCAUAAUCCUUUAAUUAUUGAAAACGAAGAUUUAUUGGACGAUAUUCUUGAAAAUAUGAAACACAAGAUACCACAAGUAAGAUCUGAAUCAACCCUUUUAUUCAAUAGUAUUUUACAAAAUAAUUCGAUACCAAAUAAGCAGAUAUUGAUUAAAAGAGUCAAUGUGGCAGAUUCCAAAGAAAAUUUGAUAACCAUUGUAACGAAGAUUGUUAAUGAUACACAGCAAUCAAUUAGAACGUUAGGAUUCUAUUGUUUUGCCAUAUUAAUUAAGAUAUUGGGUUAUAAAUAUUUCAGUGAUUCAUUAGGUAAGAUUGAUCAUCAAAAAAGGAAAAAGAUUGAAGAUUUAAUAAAUGGUGAUGAAAUAAAGAUAAAGGAUAAUAAUAAUAAUAAUAAUAAUAAUAAUAAUAAUAAUAAUGGUAUUUUAUCGAAUAACCCUCAAGUGACCAAGAUAAUACCUUCAAAACGUAUUGCAAGUUCACCACUAAGAAAAAUGAAUGGUAUUCCUACUAAUAAUCAUCGUCAAUUGACAUCCAGUGAUAAGAUCUUAAAUAAUUUGAAUGAAAAUGUGGUGUCAGCUAGGGAUGGUAAAAGAUUUUUAAAGUUACCUAAACCUGAAUUGGAGAGCAAAAAAAUUGCAUCUAAUAAUGGCGGCGAUAAUACUAAUAAUAAUGAGAAUUUAAUUUUGCGUCAAGAGUAUGAACUAAUUAAAGCUGAAAAUGACAAAUUACAAAAGCAAUUAAUUGAAUUAAAUAAUGAAAAUGAAGAGAUAAAAUUGAAUAAUAAUAAAUUGAAUGAUAAAGUAAUUUCGUUUGAGGAGAAGAUAAAAAAACUUGAUUUAAAUGUGAAUCUUUUAAGAGAUGAAAUUAAUAAUAAAGAUUUGAAUUUAAAGAAUAAUAGCUUUGAAAUUAGUAAAUUGAAUGAUAAGAUUAAAUUAUUAGAGAAUGAAAAUGAGAAAUUAUUGAAAAGAGUGAAUAAUAAUGAAGAUGUUGUAAAUGUAGGAGGAGUUUAUUCUAGUGAUGAUGAUUUACAAAGAAAAGUUAAAUCAUUAAAGAUAAAUGCUAAUUCAAGUCCCAGUGCGAGCCCGAUGCUAUCGAGUACAACUGGUAUACUAAGUGAUAGUAACAACGAUGAUAACGAAGAGAGUUGGAAGCGUGCAGCGGAGGUGACGAAGAUUCUGAAAGCUCGAAUUGAGAAGAUGAGAUCGAGAAACGGUAAGUAA